UUCGAACGCUGAGCUGCUUGCUGCUUCCAAUUGACGCGUCUGAUUCUCCUCCUCGCCAACCUUACAUACUGUACUUCCCUCCUGACUUCCCUCUCACCUCGACAUCAUUGCCCGACAUGACAGCCCCCGCCCUGAUCGAGUUCCAACCUGUACCGUCUUUUGCCGAGCGAUCCUUAAGGGGCACGAUGCUUGUAAUCCCCGCGCCAAAUGCACUCGGAAACCUAGGACAACUGGCUGUGGAUGCACUUAUCUCGACACUCAAAUUGCAAAGAAUCGGCUUUAUCGAUACACCUUUCAUCGCGCCUGUAUGUGGAAUAGACUCAUAUGGGGAGCAUGAGGGGGAAGGCGUACUGCAUACAACCGUUGAAGUCUACGCGCCGGCGAGUGAUUCGGAGCUUCACUUGACCGUUGUGCAAAUAAGAUCUCCUGUGCAGCCGAGAAAGGCGGUGGCGUUUGCGAAACAUCUGAAGACAUGGAUCACGGAAGUCGGUUUCUCAGAUGUUGUGCUUGUGACUGGCGCUGAUGCAGGGCGUAGAGACGACAGUCAAAUGGCAACUGAACCACUGAGAGUCCUUCCUACCGCCUCCUCUCCAAGUCGCCUGCUAGACCGGGCUACGGAGUUGGGAAUCACGGUGCUGGGUACCGACGAAAUGAAGAGGGCGUGGGUGACGAAACCCAGCCCUGUUCCUCCAGGGGCGGGAGUAUCACGAUUCGUUUUCGAUGAGUUCAGCACGCAGGAGUCCGGGAAUGAGAUACCACUGCUUAUCGCCCUUUGGUUUGCGAACGAUGGAGACCCAACGCAAGCAUUGCAACUGGCAUCUGCAGUGUUUCGAAUCAUAUCUUCGAAAGAUACGCCGCCGGUCGAGGAAUGGAAGGUGCCUGCCUCAUGGUCGUUCCUCUAUGGCUCCCAGCGCUUCACGAAGGAGCUGUUCCAGUGAUUUGCGAGCGCCUUGCGACCUUCCGAAAGUAAAGAGGCACAAAGCUACGGCCUGGGAGUCUCCAGCGGUGUAUCGUACCGUACAGUAGGGUGAGGGAGGCCAAUAGCGCGUAGAAUGCGUCGCACGUUGGCCUUCCCACUCUCAGUGCAGGCUAGGGUUAUCGUCGUAGACACAUUUGCAGUCGGUUAGAUGAUUCGCUGUCCGAAUAGAGUGUCUCACUUGCAUUCAUCAAUCAGAAAAGAA